GGUACAAUAACGAAAUCGACCCACUGACGGACACCGCCAAAAUGAAGAUCGUAACCAAGAAGCCAACGCAGUUAUCCGUUCUUAACGAGGAGGAUGUACCCCAUAACUCUUUGGCGGGCUACAAGGUUGAAGCUAAUAAACCAGGCCAGGAUAAAAUCUUUCAAAUAUUCAUGCAAGCGAUGAGCAAUGAUCCCGAUGUCAGGGAAAUAUCUCCAGAGUACAGACAAUGUCGAUUUCCCGACGAGCUGUUAAAAGACACUGCGUACAAGGCGUAUAGCUUCAGCACUUGUUUCGUCGACUGUCACCGCGUCCACCAAAUGAAAGAGUGUAACUGUUCCGUUUUCAACUUCUUGCCAGAACCGAUAACGAAAUACCCCGACUGCGAUCUGCAGGGCCUACUUUGUCUAGAAGACUUCACUUUGGUCCGACCAGACGCCAGAAACUUGUUGCCCUGGACAGACAGCAAGUACUCUUGCGAAUGUUUGCCUUCGUGUACGGAAAGUGAUUUCCGAGUUGUGUUUGACCACCAGCUACCCUCCAACAAAUCCAACCCCUACAUGACAAUAACGGUCACAAUGCCAGAAUUUGCCACUGAGCGAUACCGCCGUCAGGCCUUGCGCACCCGCCUGGACGUUGUCGUCACGAUUGGUGGUAUUUUGGGCUUGUUCUUGGGAGCCAGCAUUUUGAGUGGCAUUGAGUUUGUCUACUACUUCACGCUACGCUUGUGGAACAAUUACCGGAUGAGGCAACGACAUCAGCUUUCCUGAAUGGAAAGAAAUAACCUCAAUACAUGAAAAAUAAUCGCUGCACUAGUCAGGAAUCUUAUCAAAAUCUUGUUUAAUGUCUACAAUUUUCGUAAACUCGCUUUCCAGCGAAAAACAAAAAUACUAAAGAAAAGCGUACGAAUACCAGUUGACAACAUCUGGUGGGUUUCAGAACUCAAUUAUAUCAAAAUUUUACAAAAGCAAAUAUAUUCCAUACAAUGCAUUAUAUUAUCAAAAAAAA